GCUUGAUUCCUAACUUUGUAUGUGUGUCUUUGAUUUGUGUGAAUGCAGGUGCCAGAAUUUCAAAAGAUUUAUCUUCGGACACAUAUUGGCCUCCAGGACUCGGAACAAUAUGGGAUGAAAUACACAAAUGGUUGUAUUCAUCCAAAGCGCAGCAAAGAGUUAUCCAGGGACAUUUAUCAUUAAUUCCUGGAAAAUGCUGGCCCUUUUCAGGUGACCGAGGGCAUUUAGUCAUCGCCCUGUCACACCCAGUUUCCAUCACUAGUGUGACACUCGGCCACAUAAUGAAGAAACAGUCCCCAUAUGAAUCCAUCUCCAGUGCACCGAGGGAAUUUUCAAUCUAUGGAAUGAGGACUACUGACGAGGAAGGAACCUAUUUGGGAACACUGGUUUAUGAUGAAGACGGCGCAGCAUUUCAGACCUUUAAACUGCCUAAUCCAGACAAAGGAAUCUUCCGAUAUGUGAAGCUACAGAUUGACAGCAACUGGGGAAACAUAGACUACACCUGCCUGUACAGCUUUAUGGUUCACAAUACUUUAAGUUGAAGGUAAAUUAACCGCAAAACACCUGAAUCUGCGACUCACUGCGAUGUG